AAAAAAUGUCUACGCACAUAGAGUGUAAAUAAUUUUUAAUACAUAAAUAUAUAAAUAUAUACAUAUCAUUACGUCACAAUAAUAAUAAUUGCAGUUGUUUUCAUUGGUAUAAAUAAUAAUGAUAACAAUUUAUUGAGUUUUUUAUUUAAAAUUAUCAAUUUAAUUACGUAGUCAUUGGAUUUAUUUAACGGAAAGUAUCAAGUGUUUAAAGUCAGUCGAGUUGAGGCUGCUGUCAGUGACAGUUCGAGUACUUUCUCGAACUACAUUACGCGUAAUAGAAUUUUCAACUCAAAUAUUAUAACUUCAAUUACCUUUACCAUUUAUAUCAUACAUUUAUAUAUCUAUAUAAUUUGAAUAUUUGAAUUUAAUAAAAAUUGACAAGGUCAUGGUGACGUUUUGAUCCCAUUAUUAUUUAAACGUAUAAUUAAAUGACCGUCAAUGCAGUGAAUAAUAUUUUAUACAACAGUAAGAUCAAGUGAAAUAUAUAAUAUAUAAUAUAUUAUAUAUAUAUAUAUUAUAUAUUUAUUGAAAAUAAUCUAGGACAAAAUGAAUUUGUCAUUUGCUGGAUGUGGUUUUUUGGGAAUUUAUCAUGUCGGAGUUGCUGUUUGUUUCAAAAAAUACGCGCCACAUUUAUUACUGGAAAAAAUAAGUGGUGCAUCAGCUGGUGCUAUUGCUGCAUGUUGCCUUCUUUGUGAUCUACCCCUCGGACUUUAUACAAGUGAUUUACUGAAAUUAAGUAAGGAAGCAAGAAGAAAAACACUAGGGCCUUUCAGUCCCACUUUUAACCUCCAAGCUAUUUUAUUAGAAUCAUUACAAAAGUAUUUACCCGAAGAUGCUCAUAUCAGAGUCAACGGCAAACUUCACAUUUCAUUAACAAGAGUUUAUGAUGGACGUAACGUUAUUGUAUCGCAAUUUAAUUCUAGGGAAGAUUUAUUUCAGGCACUUCUCGCAACAUCAUUUGUACCGAUAUUUUCAGGAAUACUUCCACCCCGUUUUCACGGGAUACGUUAUAUGGACGGUGGUUUUAGCGAUAAUUUACCAACAUUAGAUGAAAAUACAAUAACAAUAAGUCCUUUUUGCGGCGAAAGUGAUAUUUGUCCACGUGAUUUUUCUUCACAAUUAUUCCAUGUUAAUUUUGCCAACACGAGUAUUGAAUUAUCACGUGACAACAUUUAUCGCUUUGCCCGCAUUUUAUUCCCGCCAAAUCCAGAGAUAUUAUCAAAAAUGUGUCAGCAAGGUUUCGACGAUGCCUUGAGAUUCCUACACCGCAAUAAUCUAAUAAACUGUACCCGUUGCGUGGCAAUACAGUCACCGUUCGUUGUAUCCGAAACAGUUGACGACAGUACUGAGUAUGAUCCCGAGUGUAUUGAAUGUAAAAUUCACCGUCAGGAAGCACUUGUCGCAAACUUACCAGAAACAGUUAUGACUAUUCUUCAGGACGCUAUUGACUCCGCCAAUAAGGGAAUCAUUAAUUGGUUAUUCAAACACAAAAGUAUUAAAUUGUUAUCCGUUUUGAGUCUUCCUUACACGCUGCCUGUUGAUGUUAUGUGCGCUACCAUAAACAAAGUUAUUUCAACUGCACCGAAAUUAAGUGUCAAUAUUAUUGAACUAAUAAGAAACAUUUUGAAACAAGUAAAUUUAUUAUUACCAACAAUAAAUAUUCAGUUUAUAUCAAUAACUGAUUUAAUAAGAUUCCAAGUGGCGUUUGCGAAAUACAAAAAAUGCUACAGUGGAGAUGAGACUGACGAAUGGAUGAAAUCAUGGAGACGCGAUGCGCACACAGACAAUGGUGAUAAUUUUGAAAAUAUAUUGCAAGUUACUACAGACUACGACGCACUAAUGGCUUACUAUUAUAUGAAUCAAAAUAAAAAUACCGCGGGAAUAAAUGAUUUAUUGAAAAUAAAAAGUAAUGAUUAUAAUGUGGAUUUAAAUUUUGUAGAUAAAAGUAAUGCCAAUAUUGAAUUUUGUGAUGAUUCUUGGGAUGAACCUGAUUGGAUUGCGCAACAUACACUUGCUGAUGUUACAGAAAUGAACAAUAAAGCAAAUAGUAUGAGGGAAAUCCACAUUAAAGAAGACGACCAAGGAAGUCUUGGAUUAUCAGAUCAUUCAAUCGAAGACUCAACCAUAUUUUCCGAUCCCGAAAGCGAAUGGGUAAUCGACAAAACAGACAAAGUAAAAGUAGUUAUUGUGAAUACAAAUUUAACUUCUACUUCUCUCGCGUCGGACUGUCGCCCGGAAGUUGAUCAACCUAGUUUUUAAAACUUUAUUUAUUAUUAUGACCAUCUCCUAAAACCCACAACAAUUUAUAAUUUAUUAUUAUUUUUUUUUUGAAUUUUAAAAUUAAAGUCUGUGACUUGAGAUCAAAAUUUCUUUUCUAAUAUUUCGCACUAGACUUUUUUUUGUUACGUAAAAUUUUAAGUGGAUUUUAGGAGUUGGAAUGAUGAACUAAAACGUGUACCUGAAUAAAUGGUACUAACUUUGAGAAUUAAAUUACUUGGAAAGAUUUUAAUUAAAUGAAAUAAAAAAAAAAAAUUAACAGUAUUUAUAUUAAUGUUAAUAAUAAAAUCAGCAAAUAUCUGUUGGUUAAUAUUUAAAUAUAUAAUGAACGGGUCAUAUUUUGUCAAAUGACGAGAGCGAAUACAAUAUAAAAUUUUUUAGUUACUAUACUUUUUUUUUAAUUAAAUAAAAGUUAUUUAUGAAAAAAUAAUAUUUAUGCACAAAAAAAAAAAAAUAAAUAUUAUUCAGUAAAAAUAUAAAAAAAAUAAAUAAGUAAAUGGAAAGUGAUAUAAAUAUACAAUUAAUUUAUUUAAUUGUUGGUGUUUUCUUAGUUUAUAUUAUAAACAUAAUAAUUAAUUUAAUUUUUAUGGAUAAAUAAGUUGAACAAACAAACAUUUAAUAGAAUAUAUAUUUUGUUAUGUUUUUAAUUUUUAAAAGUAAAUGUUAAUAAGUAUUAAUCAAAGAUUAUAUUCGUUGAAAAAUAUGCGCAUAUACUAGGGUGGAAUUUAUACUUAUGAGUAAAAAAAAUUAAAUUAACUUCCGUAAUUUUUUUUUAAUUUAAUUUGAUGAUAUAUUUGAAUAUUCUAAAUAAAAAAAUGAAGGAAAUAAGUCAAUUAUUGUAAUAUUAAAAACCACUAUGUCUACGGUAUAGAUACACGGUAGGCUCGCGCCAUGACACUUCACACAUAUACAUUAGGGUGGGCCGAAAAUCCGCUUUUUUUUAAUUUUCAUUAUUAGUACCAAAAAUAUUUUUCCUUGUACAAAAAAAAAAAUUUUCGAAAAUCAGAAAAAUUUGAGGUCGAUAUCUUAGGCUCGCCAAAUCCCGCUAAAGUCAGAAGUUGUUUAAAAAUUUUUUUCCAACACAUUUUGGUCGGAAAUUUAAUUCUCUACAAAAAAAGGUCCUAUAAUAAAAUUACGUAAAGUUGAUAGUUACUGAGAUAAUUGCAAUUUUGCUCUAAAAAAUGAAAUUUUUCACGAUAUUAUUACUUUUUCAG